GGAGCAAGAAGAAAGACCUAGAGCUGAGAAACUGGAAGAGACGUCAGACCAAGCGUAGCUCGAGGGUGAUUGGCUGUUUGUGGUGCCUCAGCUUGCUCUAGUGAGGAGGAGGAAGGGGAGGAUUAAGAGGCCAGGAGAGGAGCUCGGCCAGCCGGCUAGAACAGCUGAGUUUGAGGAUCUGCAGCUGCUACGGAGGAUUGACGGAGAAAGGGAAAUGGCUGUCAUGGGAGGAUAAUCCCACCUGCACGCAUGCCUGCUGUUUCUUGCACCCUGGGAACCGGGACCAUGAUGCAGUAAUGUGACCAAGGCUGGGACCGAUUCCCUGAUGCAAGCUGGACUUCCGGGCACUUUGAACAUGACCAACCCUCUUCAGUGGGCCAGAUAUCACUGGACACAUUUGAUCUCUGGUGCAGGCAGGAAUGACGGCGAGAGGUUUUACAACUAUUCCUCACUGCUUGUGUGUGGGAAGAAGCCCCCUCAGACACCCAAACUGGCAGGAAAACACCGAAUAGUUAUUCCACACUCACAGUGCUUCAAAGAGGAAUAUGAGAAAACCUGCGGAACAUACAUGAAUAACCGGAUACGGACGACAAAGUACACUCUCCUGAAUUUUGUGCCAAGGAACUUAUUUGAGCAGUUUCAUAGAGCUGCCAACUUGUAUUUCCUCUUUUUAGUCGUCCUCAACUGGGUUCCCCUGGUAGAAGCCUUCCAAAAAGAAAUUACUAUGCUUCCUCUUGUGGUUGUUCUCACAAUCAUAGCUAUUAAAGAUGGCUUGGAAGAUUAUCGAAAAUAUAAAAUAGAUAAACAGAUCAAUAACUUAAUAACGAAGGUAUAUAGCAGGAAAGAUAAGAAGUACAUAGAACGGUGCUGGAAAGAUGUCACCGUUGGAGACUUUAUUCGCCUUUCCUGUAAUGAGAUCAUUCCUGCAGAUAUCGUCUUGCUGUUUUCUACUGAUCCAGAUGGAAUCUGUCACAUUGAGACUUCUGGUCUUGAUGGAGAAAGCAAUUUAAAGCAGAGGGAAGUGGUUCGAGGAUAUGCAGAGCAGGACUCUGAAGUUGAUCCUGAGAAGUUUUCUAGUCGGAUAGAAUGUGAAAGUCCUAAUAAUGACCUCAACAGAUUUCGAGGAUUUCUAGAACAUCCAAGCAAGGAACGAAUUGGUCUCAGUAAAGAAAACUUAUUACUUAGAGGAUGCACCAUUAGAAAUACAGAGGCUGUUGUUGGCAUUGUGGUUUAUGCAGGUCAUGAAACCAAAGCAAUGCUCAACAACAGUGGACCUCGUUAUAAGCGUAGUAAGUUAGAGAGAAGAGCAAACACCGAUAUUCUCUGGUGUGUCCUGCUUCUUAUCUCAAUGUGCUUUGCUGGUGCAUUAGGUCAUGGAGUCUGGUUGAGCUACUAUGAAGCUGUUCCAUUUUUUAAUGUGCCUGAAGCUGAUGGUCACAAUUUAUCCCCAGCACUAGCAGGUUUCUAUAUGUUUUGGACCAUGAUUAUUUUAUUACAGGUAUUGAUCCCCAUCUCUCUCUAUGUUUCCAUUGAAAUUGUCAAGCUAGGCCAAAUCUAUUUUAUUCAAAGUGACAUUGAUUUCUAUAAUGAGAAAAUGGAUUCUACUAUUCAGUGCCGGGCACUGAACAUUGCUGAGGAUCUUGGACAGAUACAGUAUCUUUUCUCUGAUAAGACUGGUACCCUCACUGAGAACAAAAUGGUUUUCCGGAGAUGUAGUAUUGCAGGUUUUGAUUAUUGCCAUGAAGAAAAUGCCAAGAGGCUAGAGUCCUACCAGGAAGCUUCCUCCGAAGAUGAGGAUUUGGCAGACACCCCUAGUGGCUCUCUCAGCAAUAUAACAAAACCGAAGGCACACAGCUGCAGGACAGCUAAUAGUGGGCCUUUGAAAAGUAAGUCCUUGAACCAUCUUGCUGGGAGCUGCUUUGCCCUAGGAGGAGAAGAUGGCGCCAUGGAUGCAUCCCUCUCCAGACAGGCAGCUUUCAGUAGCCCCAUUGAAACUGAUGUUGUUCCAGACACAGGACUUUUGGCCAAAUUUAGCCAGAUCACACCUCAGUUAUUCACACUGCAAGAUAAAACUGACCAGGAUCUGUCAACAGAGACUUUGUACAUAAUUGAUUUCUUUCUUGCCUUGGCAAUUUGUAAUACAGUUGUAGUUUCAUCUCCCAAUCAACCACGACAAAGGUUGAGACUCUCUUCAUUUGGUAGAAUGCCCAUCACAUCCUUAGAAGAAAUUAAAAACCUCUUCCAGAGGUUAUCUGUCCGAAGAUCAAGUUUUCCAUCCCUUUGCAGUGGAAAGGAACCAUCAUCUGGAGGUCCAAAUGCCUUUGUGAGCAGACUUUCUAUUUUUAAUCGAUCAAAGCUGGCCCCACCCUCUGAGGAAGAUGCUUCCCAGUUAAGUGAAUUGACCCAAGGUGCCAGCGAAACAACUUGCCUCCAAGACCAAGAGAAAUUAGAAGCCGCUGCAGGCAGCGCCAGUGGCAGUGUGGACUCUAGCCAGGAGCAGUCACUUGCCUCAGAUUUGCACUAUGAAGCAGAAAGUCCAGAUGAAGCUGCAUUAGUGUAUGCAGCACGGGCUUAUCAGUGCACUUUACAGUCCAGGACACCUGACCAGGUUAUGGUUGACCUGGCUGCUUUGGGACCUUUAACAUUUCAACUUUUGCACAUUCUUCCUUUUGACUCUGUGAGAAAAAGAAUGUCUGUGGUGGUCAGGCACCCUCUGUCCCACAAGAUUGUGGUAUAUACAAAGGGGGCUGACUCGGUCAUAAUGGAGCUCCUGUCCUUAGCAUCUGCAGAUGGCCAGACUUUGGAAAAACAACAAAAGAUAAUCAGGGAGAAAACCCAGAGACAUUUGGAUGACUACGCCAAAAAAGGGCUUCGCACUUUAUGUAUUGCCAAAAGGGACAUGAGUGACACAGAGUAUGCUGAGUGGCUAAAGAAUCAUUUUUUAGCAGAAACUAGCAUUGACAACAGGGAACAAUUACUGCUUGAAUCUGCCAUGAGACUUGAGAACAAAUUAACAUUGCUGGGUGCUACUGGCAUCGAAGAUCGUCUGCAGGAGGGUGUUCCAGAGGCGAUAGAAGCCUUGCAAAAAGCAGGAAUCAAGAUCUGGAUGCUGACUGGAGACAAGAAGGAGACAGCUGUUAACAUUGCUUAUGCUUGCAAACUACUGGAACAAGAUGACAAAAUCUUUAUCUUCAACACCCAGAGUAAGGAGGCCUGUGAGAUGUUGAUAAAUAGGACUUUAGAAGAACUUAAGCAAGAUGCUCAAAGUCCUCCAAAUGUUCAGUCUUCUGGCACUCAUAUACCUCAGCUUCGAGCUGGGCUCAUUAUCACUGGGAAAACACUGGAAUUUGCACUGCAGGACAGUCUACAGACUCAAUUUCUAGAGCUCACUGGAUUGUGCCAAGCUGUUGUCUGCUGUCGAGCAACACCUCUACAGAAAAGUGAAGUGGUAAAGUUAGUGCGAAAUCAGCUCAAAGUGAUGACCCUGGCCAUUGGUGAUGGAGCCAAUGAUGUUAGUAUGAUACAAGUUGCUGACAUUGGAGUAGGAAUUUCAGGCCAAGAAGGCAUGCAGGCAGUGAUGGCCAGUGAUUUUGCAGUUUCCCAGUUCAAACACCUCACCAAGCUCCUCCUUGUUCAUGGACAUUGGUGUUAUACCAGACUAUCUAACAUGAUUCUCUAUUUUUUCUACAAGAAUGUGGCUUAUGUAAAUCUUCUUUUCUGGUACCAAUUCUUUUGUGGAUUUUCUGGAACAUCCAUGACAGACUACUGGGUUUUAAUCUUCUUCAACCUCCUCUUCACCUCUGUUCCUCCAGUCAUUUAUGGUAUCCUAGAAAAAGAUAUUUCUGCAGGGACUCUUGUGCAACUACCUGAACUUUACAGGAGUGGUCAAAAAUCAGAGGCAUACUUACCACUCACAUUCUGGAUCACCUUGCUUGAUGCCUUUUACCAAAGCCUGGUUUGCUUCUUUGUGCCUUACUAUACCUACCAGGGCUCAGACAUUGACAUCUUUAUGUUUGGAAACCCCCUGAAUACUGCAGCUCUAUUCAUUAUUCUUCUCCACCUUGUAAUUGAAAGUAAGACUUUGACCUGGAUUCACAUGCUGGUCAUUGGUGGUAGCAUCAUCCUUUAUUUUUUCUUUGCCUUGGUGUUUGGAGCAAUGUGUGUGACUUGUAACCCACCAUCCAAUCCUUACUGGAUCAUGGAGGAGCACAUGAAGGAUCCAAUGUUUUAUUUAGUCUGUGUCCUCACAACUUGUGUUGCUCUUCUUCCCAGGUUUGUAUACAGAAUUCUGCAGGGAUCACUAUUUCCCUCUCUAAUACUGAGAGCUAAACACCUUGAUAAACUUACUCUGGAGGAAAGGAAUGAAGCUCUCAAAAAGUGGAAAGAAGCCAGAAGGAUGAGUCAGAUGACAGCAGGGUAUUCUGGUCCUAAAAGCACUAAGAAGCUAGGAAAGGAGAGAAACUCAAGCCCUUCUUGUGACUUUGCAAUGAAAGCAGCAUCUUUUUGUACUGAGCAAAGAGACUCUCUUGAUCUCAAAGCUACUUUGGAUAAACCUAAUGCCUCAGGGAUGGCUAUGAAGACUGUACCAAGUAGUGGACAUCCUCUACAGAAUGGUACUCAGAAAUAAAAAGGCGGGGGGGGGGGGAGCAUUCUACUAUGGAAUUGAAAAGAAGGGACGAUUUCCUUACAACAAAAAAGUUUGACUUGAAUUAUUUCUUAAAGAACAUAAAUGUUUUAAUAGGCUAUGACAAGUCUAUAUAAAAUAUGCUAUAUGUUUGGAAUUUUUAAGAGAUUAAAAGGUUGACCUGGGUAGGUUUUUAAUUUGAUUCACUGCUGGAAUCAGAUGCUCUUAUGGAAGUUUUUGGAUUUUGUAAAAGCAUUUUAAUUGACAUUAAAAUGUAAACUAUUUAAA